AAGAUUUCUGCAUUGUGUAGUACUGCACCUGUUUAUUGUAACAGACAGUGUAAUAUUGUACAGCCACACCUUUUAGAGGAAACGCUCACCAAGUAGUUCACUGUGGUUAAAGUUCAACGGUGAACAGGCAGUGGCUGUUUGUUUUCUGCCACGUUCUCUUUUCAUUUCAAGCUUCUACAAAGCAGUUCAUAUUAAAAAAGGCUUUUAAAGGAUGACCAAUGUUAACUCUUACUCGAGAGGGUUUUUUCACCCUCUGUGCACUGACCUGAGGACUAUGGUGCAGGGGACACUCCAGACAGCGGUGGUCGUUCUGUGGAUACUGUCCAGUAACCAGAGUUGCUCAGUUGCAGGGACGUUCUCUUUGUCAGUUCCUGACGGAUUCAUCUCAGCCCAAAUAAGAUCUUCUGUUGUCCUGCCAUGUGGACUUUCCACUACAUUGGACAUUAGGAGCUAUGAAGUACGCUGGCAUCGUCCCAACAAAAAAGACAACCCAAUUCUGCUGUUCGAAGAUCUAAAGGUCCAGGAGAACGCUGGAGAUCCUCAGUACAGAGGCAGAGCGUCUCUGAUUGGAGAACUGGAGAAUGGGAACGCCUCUCUGAAACUGGAGAACCUCACAGUAGCAGACAGAGGAGAAUAUGUGUGCUUUGUUAAGAGCACUGAAUGGUAUGAGAGGGUUAGUGUGAUCCUGAAUAUUAUAGUGGUUGGAUCUCCUCCUCUACUCUCAUUGACUGAAACUGAAGAAGAGAAGGUGAAUGUUACCUGUGUAUCAGAUGGAUGGUCACCAAAUCCCACCCUCAUCUGGAGAGAUAAAAGAGGAAAAGAGCUCCGGAACAGAGCUGAUCACAACACAGACUCUGAAGGGUUGGUGAGUGUGAGCUCUUGGCUGCUCUUCUCUCCUACUGCAUCAGAGUGGAUCUCCUGUUCUGUGGGUUUAUCUGAUCAGGAGGUGAAGGAGGGAAGAGUGCUGCCACUCAAAUCUGUCUAUAAAACUGAUUCUGUUUGUGAUUCUGAGCCAACAUCAGAACCAGGAGUUUCUCCAGGAUGGAAAGCUUUUAUCGUCUUACUGUUUAUCAGCCUGUUGGUCGUCGCUGUAAUGGCAAUUUUCAUCAUCCCCAAGAUCAGAGGCCAUAUUUUGCCAAAGAAUCCAGAGUCUGCUUCAAAAGAAGAACAAACACAUCUUGUUGGAGACCUCAGCCAUCCACCACACCCAGUUUCAGCUCUGCGAGAAAUAAGCAGAACUGAUGGAGCCACUCAGACCCCAGUUCCAGAAAAAAAGGACAAAGAAACGACUACAGAAAAAAGAAAAGAAAUUCCAGACUGGGAAAAGAUGCUUGCAUGUAAAGUUGCCAUCAGGCCAGUUGCCCCAACUGCACAUCCUCUUGAAAUUGGAACGAAAAAGUCAAGAGUAACGUGUACAUCAGACGUCCGUGAUAAGAGAGCAUUCAUUCAUGCUCUGUGUGAAGAGAGAAUCAGUUCAGGGUGCUACUACUGGGAGAUAACGGCACUGACAGAACCAAAUACAAAGAGAGCCAGGUCAUAUAAAUGUCCAACAUCCUGGUAUGUUGGAGUGACCAGUAAAACAGCGGAGAAGAAGAGAAAAGUUCCUUUAACUCCACAGAACGGUUACUGGGUUCUUCACUAUGAGAGAGAGACAGGUUACUAUGUUAAUGAUCCCUCUCAGACUCCUGUUCUAGUGAGAGAUCGGUUCUCAAAGCUGGGGGUGUUUUUAGACUGUGAGAAACACAAACUGUCUUUUUACGACUGUGAGAAACAGACACAUCUCUACACUUUCUAUGAUGUACCUUCAACACCUCUGAUUCCAGUUUUGAGCCCUGGAGACAAAAAACAACAUACAGUUAUGAUAAGUCAAGAAAAAUGUGUGAAAUGUGAUGAACUUUAUCAAAAAUAAUGGCCAAUUUUCUGACGAAUUUACUUUAUUGUGUGUGUAUAGUAAUUUAAAAGCUAAAUUACUUACAACAUUUUGGGAUUUUGUUCAACAUAAAUGAUGAACUAACCUAAAUUUGUGUAAAUAGAGCAUAAUAUAGACAUAUGUCCACAUAUGCAGUCGAGACUGACGCGGCUUUUUCCUGUAUUUCUACA